GCAGAAAUUGGUGCACUAUGGAAGACAGAUGUAAAUCGAUCAACAUGGGACCCGCAGGAGAAAAAGAUAAAGUUUUGUGUCAAUUGAGUGACUCGGACCACUUGCAACAUCCAAAUGAUCUGAAACCGAUGGCAGGUCUCAUGUAUAGGGGCACGGAGAACAAGUGUUGUUUCAACAUGUGCUACAAGAAUGCAACAUGCUUGGUUGGAUUUACGGACAAGGGAUACAAGUGUGUGUGUCCACCUGGUUACACGGGAGACCACUGUGAAAAAGAUGUAAACGAGUGUUCCACCAAAACCCACAACUGUGAUGUCAACGCUGAGUGCAACAAUACCGAAGGUUCUUUUAACUGCAGCUGCAAGGUUGGAUUUAAUGGCGAUGGCAGGAUUUGCACAGGUAACAUUUGUCCAUCUAAGGUUUCUAAGCAUCGGAAUUAA